CAAGUGCCAGGAUGUCUCAAGCGCAGCCGAAAGGCAGUGGGCAGGGCAGUGAUUACUAUGAGAGUGGCGGAGAUUCCUCAGAUGGUUGGGAGGAAAUGGAGGAUGAAUCCGAGGCAGUAAAGUGUUUGUUUUGCGAAAAUGUCUUCAAGUCCUUCGAACAAGCUCUUGAUCACCUGCAAGAAGGCCACAAAUUCAAUCUGCUGGAUCUGUCUGGAAGGUACGCCAUGGAUCAGUACUCAUACAUCAGGAUGGUCAACUUUGUCAUCAGGGAGAAGCGUCGUCCGGAGGAGAUAAUGGGCAGCGCAAAGUGUCUCUGGAGUAAUGACAUAAAUCUACGUCCUGUUGACGAUGAGAGAAGGAACUGGCUGACUUUUGACUUUGAAUACUACAUAGAGGAAAUGAAGAGGAAAAGAUCCAACGAAUCAGCCUCAUUAGAUGACAAAGACGUCAUUCUCAGAGCGUCGGAACUUCAGACUCUUCAGGACACCCUGAAAUCCGCUCUAAAGCGCAAUCAGGAGAUGGAAGAAGCCAACAAGCAGCUGCAAGAGAUUGUGGAGAAUCUCAGGAAGAGCGCUUUGGCGCAUCUGGAGGACGAAAAGGAGCAGAACUCCAAGCCAGCGAGGCUGAGGGAUGACGAGUCGUACUUCACGUCCUACUCUCACUACGGCAUCCAUCAAGAGAUGCUGUGCGACGAAGUGCGGACGCUCAGUUACAGAGAAGCCAUUGAGAAGAAUCGGGCUUCCAUUCAGGACAAAAUCGUGAUGGAUUUGGGCUGUGGCACUGGGAUUCUCUCCAUGUUUGCCGCCCGAGCGCAGGCGAAGCACGUAAUCUCCGUAGAUCAGUCAGACAUCAUUUACCAGGCGAUGGACAUCGCGCGUAGGAACAACUUCGGCAACGUGAAGUUCCUCAAGGGACGCAUUGAGGAAGUGUCGCUGCCGCACGAGAAGGUGGACGUGAUUGUGUCAGAGUGGAUGGGAUACUUCCUGCUGUUCGAGGGGAUGCUGGACAGUGUGAUCUACGCGAGAGAUCACUAUCUCUCACCCGAGGGAAUCAUGCUGCCCAAUCGCUGCACCAUCAGUCUCAUUGGGUCCGGCGAUGUGGAUCGCCAUCGCGAAAGGAUCAGCUUCUGGGAGAGUGUCUAUGGCUUCGACAUGUCGUCCAUGAAGGACGAUGUGCUGCGUGAGGCCAGCGUGGAGAUCUGCCGUCCGGAGAUGAUCAUCACGGAGCCCAACACGAUUGCAGACUUCAAUCUCAUGACCGUGGACACGAGUUGCUACGCCUUCGCCUACGACUUCAGCCUCAGGGUGCUGCGCAGCGGUGUGCUGACGUCUCUCGUGGGCUACUUCGACACCUUCUUCGAUCUGCCCACACAGCUCGUGAGCUUCUCCACGGGGCCCCACGCGGAGCCCACGCACUGGAAGCAGGUGGUAUUCUUCCUGCCCACGCCACUGCCCGUCACGUCCGGAGAUACUGUGUCCGGCAAGUUCCAGUGCCAGCGCAAUCCGCAGGACACGCGCUCGCUGCUCAUCUCAAUUCACUUCCACGAUCAGGUGUUGGAGUACAAUUUCAUGUAAAGCCACUCGCGUCUGC